CUUGAAGACAAUGUCUCCGUUCUUAGCAGCCAUCUUUUUGCUUGGCCUGUGCCUGGCCAACGCCGUCAAUUUCUCAACCGUCUACGAGUGGGACAAAUUCGAUUUCGUCUGGCCAUCAGGAGCGGACACUUCAAUCGGACAAAUCAAAGAUGAAUACAAGCCAGGCAAUGUUUAUCUUUCAUACAUGGCUGUUUUUGGAGAAAGGCUGUUUCUAAGCCUUGAUACGUAUUCCGGAAUUCCCGCCACUUUGGUGUGGCUGCCAACGAGCGGCAACUCGACCUCACCUCCAAAGCUUGCUCCUUUUCCAUCCUGGCAUUUACAUAAAAAAGACAACUGCGAUUUUAUUCAAGCGGCCAAAGGAAUGAAAACGGACACUGAUGGUCGGUUGUGGGUGCUUGAUGACGGUAACAAGAAAUGUCCAGGCAAAAUUUGGAUAUUCAACCUUCUCAACCACGACACAACCGAGCGCGUGCACCAGUUCCCGGACACAGUCGUCUCUAAUUCGUAUAUUCGAAGGGAGCUGAGGGAAAUAGUGCUGGAGAAAACACCAGACGACUACAUUGCGUACAUCACAGACGCUAAAUCCGAGAACAUCGUAGUUUAUAGUCGAAAAACGGACAAAUCUUGGUCAAUUAAAACACCAAGGAGAAAAUGGGAAUCCUUGGCCGUCUCCACUAACACGGAAGCGAAACAGUUGUACCUUGGAAGAUAUGGUUCCAAAGAACUGUACUCGGUGUCUCUUUCUGAGCUGAAGAAUGAAGGCGGCAGCGCUGCUGUCAAAUUCAUCGGAGAAUGGACUCAUCAACCUUACAGAAUGUUGAUCGACAGCGCCAAUGUCAUGUAUACCGCCUUUUACAGCUGGGAACACAUCUCCAAAUGGAAUAUUUCGCAGCCAUUUCAUGAGCAGCGAUUACACGAGGUUGGUCGUGCUUUUUGGCCGUUUACUUUUGCCUUGGACACGAACGGCACUUUCUGGAUGACGCAGAGAAAUCAAUCUGUGAGUGCGAUUAGGCAUAAACUGCUCAAGGCUGCAGUCAGCAAAAGAUCGAAUUUAUUCAGCACAUCCGCUGUUCUAACGACCCUUGCUGAGACCUCAGGACAGCAGCAAAUCACGACAGAAUCAUCCACAUCAUCCCUUCGUGUAGAAUCUACCCCUCCUCCCUCUUUAACAACUGGAGAAGCGCAGAAUCUACUCGGAGUCUUCUUUAUCAAUCUGAGUCCCCAGAGUAAACUUAUUGGAAAGACGCAGCCCCGCCCACAAAGUUCAAUCUCUCUCCCGUUCCUCAUCCUUUUGCAGACUUGUCACUGCGUGGCUGAACCUGAAAUCGGGAAGAAUGCAAACCUCUUUCAGGCACAUAUCGAUGGAUAACCGUGCGGAAAUGUCCAUUUUCCCGGAUAAUUUUCUAUAUAAAAUAUAGAGUGUGUUGCAUUUUAAUUUUGGGUUAAUUAAAAAUACAUAGAUUUGCUUAUAACGGUUAAUGGUUUAUCGCAUUUUUCAACAUAAUAAUCUUUUAUUUGUAAGAAUGAUUCAAGGUAAAUAAAAAUAUGUUUUGCAUUAUC